AUGGAGCCAACAACCCUGUUACCGCUGCUUGAGCAGCUAGACGACCAUGUAGAUGACCUGGAAGAAAUCCUGCAGCCCCUUCUGGCCAGUUCCUUGGCCAAAAGUUCAAACAAAUUACCCGUCAUGGACAAGGCCAAACUUCAUGUGCUGGUCACCUACACACUUGAGUCCUUAAUAUUCUCUUAUCUACGGCUCCAUGGAGUCGAUGCCAAGCAGCAUCCUGUGUUCCGGGAACUCACUCGCGUCAGGCAAUACUUUGCAAAGAUCAAGGACAUUGAGACACCAUCUGAACAGCGCUCCAUGACACUUGACAAGGAAGCUGCCGGCAGAUUCAUCAAGCACGGCCUGUCUGGCAAUGAUAAAUUCGACUUGGAGCGGGCAGAGAAGCAAGCCAAGGAGAGAGCCCAGGCUGAAUUCAAGGCUGCUCAGCUUGCCCGGAAGAGCGCCGCAGCUGCUUCAAAAUCCAAUGACCAAGGCGACAACAAUGAGUCCGAGGAAAAGUCCGAUGAAGCAGCAGCAAAAUCCCAGAAGGAGGCCAACAAGAAAAAGAUAGAAAACAAGUCAAUCAGCAAAGGCAAAACGGAACGGAAGGGCAGCAAGACAAACCGAUCUGAAGAGAAAAAGGAACGCAGACAGAAGAAGGAGGAGACCCGGAAAGCUCGAAAGGCUCAAUGA